AUGCGUGAAAUUGUGCACAUUCAGAUUGGCCAAUGCGGCAACCAAAUGGGUGCCAAGUUUUGGGAGGUUGUCUCCGAUGAACAUGGCCUGAGCGCCGACGGAUUGUACAACGGUGACAGUGAUCUUCAACUGGAGCGGAUCGGUGUCUACUACAACGAGGCCACAGGUGGCAAAUUUGUGCCUCGAGCCAUACUCACUGACUUGGAGCCUGGAACAAUGGAUGCUAUUCGAUCAGGUCCAGUUGGAAAUCUCUUCCGUCCCGAUAACUAUGUGUUUGGAACCACAGGGGCUGGAAACAACUGGGCAAAGGGCCACUACACUGACGGUGCUGAGUUAAUCGACAAUAUCAUCGAUGUCGUUCGCAAGGAAGCUGAGUAUAGCGAAUGCCUUCAAGGAUUCCAGGUUGUCCAUGCUCUUGGAGGCGGUACAGGAGCUGGGUUGGGAACCCUUCUGGUUACUAAAAUACGAGAGGAGUAUCCAGAUCGUAUUAUUUGUUGCUUUUCAACUGUGCCUUCACCUAAGGUAUCAGAUGUGGUCGUAGAACCCUACAAUGCUACUUUAUCCUUCCACCACUUGAUUGAGGGGACCGAUGAGACCUUCUGCAUUGACAACGAAGCCCUCUAUGACAUUUGCAACCGGACUUUGAAAUUAGUAACUCCAACGUACGGUGAUUUGAACCAUUUGGUCAGUGCGACAAUGUCUGGGGUGACUACUUGUCUUCGAUUCCCCGGCCAGUUGAAUGCUGAUUUGAGAAAGCUUGCGACAAACAUGAUUCCCUUCCCACGACUACACUUCUUUAUGCCUGGAUUCUCACCACUAACCAGCCGUCAUUCACAGGCCUACAGAAGCUACUCUGUUCAGGAUUUGACCCUCCAGAUGUUUGACAGCAAAAAUAUGAUGGCUGCAUGUGAUCCAAGGCAUGGAAAGUACCUCACUGUUGCAGCUAUGUUUCGAGGUCGUAUCUCCAUGAAGGAUGUCGACGAAAACAUGCUGAAUGUGCAAAACAAGAACUCGGCAUACUUUGUAGAAUGGAUCCCCAAUAAUGUUAAGACCGCUGUCUGUGAUAUUCCGCCCCGUGGGUUGAAAAUGGCUGUCACAUUUAUCGGAAACAAUACGGCGAUCCAGGAGAUAUUCAAAAGAGUUCGGGAGCAGUUUAUGGCGAUGUUUAGACGAAGAGCCUUCUUACAUUGGUACACUGGUGAGGGAAUGGAUGAGAUAGAAUUCCAAGAGGCACAGACGAACAUGGAUGACUUGAAUAGUGAGUACCAGCAAUUUCAGGAUGCUGCUAUGGACGAUGAGGUCCAGAUGGAGGCACCUGCUGUAUCGUGUGGUUAA